CCAACCCACCGCAUUUUGGCCCUUUUUCAAGUGACCGACUGACAGCUGAAGGCGCUUUUCCUCUUUGUUUCCCUUUCAAUUUCCGCUCCUUCAUGUGUUCAUCGAUUUCUAUUAUUCUUUUACAUUUGCCUUUGUUUAUCUUCACCAUACCAUUGAAGUUCAAUCAUAUGUAAAACUGUUAUUUCACCUGCUGCGACUUGAUAUGCAUUGUUAGCUGUAUAAUGAAAACUAUAAUGCUGCCGGCGUUUGCUUUGAGGCGAUGUAUAUCGACUUCGGCUUGCCUCUGCCAAAGAAUCAAGCAAACAGAUAAUGAGAUAGUGCAGAUGUUCCGGUUGCCAGUUCCAAUGCGGGACUGGGCUUUUAACCGGAAUUUUCCGAAGAAGAAUGCUUAUGCUCGAACAUUGGACAAGAGGUUUAUAAGAAUUUUAAAAAUAUUUAAGUGGGGGCCUGAUGCAGAGAAGGCAUUGGAAGUGCUAAAGCUGAAGGUGGAUCAUCAGUUGGUUCGAGAGGUUUUGAUGAUAGAUGUAGAGAUUAAUGUUAAGAUCCAGUUCUUCAAGUGGGCUGGGAAAAGAAGGAAUUUCGAACAUGAUUCUACGACAUACUUGGCUUUGAUUCAUUGUUUAGAUGAAGCGGGACUUGUUGGUGAAAUGUGGAAAACUAUCCAAGACAUGGUCCGGAGUACGUGUGUUGUUGGUCCUGCUGAAUUAUCCGAAAUUGUGAGAAUCUUAGGCAAGGCUAAAAUGGUGAACAAGGCUCUCUCCAUCUUUUAUCAGAUUAAAAGCCGCAAGUGCAAGCCAACAGCUAGUACUUAUAAUGCUAUAAUCUUGAUGUUGAUGCAAGAAGGACACCAUGAAAAAGUUCACGAACUCUAUAAUGAGAUGUGUAAUGAGGGUAACUGUUUACCAGACACAAUAACAUACACUGCACUAAUGUCCACUUUCAGUAAGUUAGGCCGUCAUGAUUCUGCCAUUAGAUUGUUUGAGGAAAUGAAGGAGAAUGGGUUGCAACCUACGCCAAAGAUUUAUACAACCUUGAUUGAAAUCUAUUUUAAGCUAGGUAGGACUGAGUCAGCUUUAGGUCUAGUCCAAGAGAUGACAGGGAAUGGCUGUAGCCCAACUGUUUUUACUUACACAGAGUUGAUAAAGGGGCUUGGAAAAGCCGGAAGGGUUGAAGAUGCCUAUGGCAUAUUCAUGAACAUGUUAAAAGAAGGUGGUAAGCCUGAUGUUGUGCUUAUCAACAAUAUGAUUAACAUUUUGGGCAAAGUGGGUCGAUUGGAAGAUGCUCUUAAGCUUUUCAAUGAAAUGAAGUCUUGGCAAUGUGCACCGAAUGUUGUAACAUAUAACACUAUAAUUAAAGCUUUAUUUGACAACAAAGCCCCAAUAUCCGAGACAUCAUCCUGGUUUGAGAAGAUGAAGGCCGAUGGUGUUGUUCCCAGUUCAUUUACUUAUUCAAUUCUUAUUGAUGGUUUCUGCAAGGCAAACAGAGUUGAGAAAGCUUUGUUAUUCCUUGAAGAGAUGGAUGAAAAAGGCUUUCCUCCUUGUCCGGCUGCAUAUUGUAGCCUGAUCAAUAGUCUAGGGAAGGCAAAACGAUAUGAAGCAGCAAGUGAGCUAUUUCAGGAAUUGAAAGAGAAUUGUGGGCAUUCAAGUGCUCGGGUUUAUGCUGUGAUGAUAAAACUUUUUGGGAAGUGCGGCCAUCUGAGUAAGGCUGUUGAUCUAUUCAAUGAGAUGAAGAAACUGGGAUGCAACCCUGAUGUUUAUACUUACAAUGCACUGAUGUCAGGGAUGAUAAGAGCAGGCAUGAUAGAUGAAGCUCAUUCCUUGCUGAGAACUAUGGAAGAAAAUGGUUGCACCCCAGACUUGAAUUCUCACAAUAUCAUUCUAAAUGGCUUAGCUAGGACAGGUGGCCCAAAGCGGGCAAUUGAAAUGCUUACAAAGAUGAAGAAUUUAAAGAUUAAACCAGACGCGGUAUCUUACAAUACGGUUCUUGGUUGUCUCAGCCGAGCUGGUAUGUUUGAAGAGGCUGCAAAGUUAAUGAAAGAGAUGAAAGCAAGUGGGUUUGAAUAUGAUCUCAUCACCUACUCAUCAAUACUUGAGGCAGUUGGCAAGGCUGAUGAAGAUAAUAAUCUUACUGCUUUCUGAUGGAGUCCUUAUUAUUAGGUUGAGGGUCCCUAGAAAUUGAAGAAAACAAAAUUCCAGUGGCAGAGUUACCGUCAUACAUGCAAAGAUGAUGUAGAGUCGAAAGCAAUAUGGACAAAACCAACACUUGAUGAAUGGAAAAUUGCUGUUGAGGCCUAUGGUAAAAUGCUGUCAGCUAAUUUGCUGAAACACCAACACUUUCCCCCCCCCCCAUGUAUAGUGUUCUUUAAACUACUUAUUGCUUUGUGCCUUCAGCUAUUAAGUGGCAAAAAGUAUGAUUCCUUUACGUCUCCGGGCGAGGAAGAGUUUACUACUAAGCUUCUGAACGUUCUCUGGUCUAAAUCCAAGUACAAACUGAAAUGACAUCUGCCAUGAUACUUGUAGUAACAUAAUAUAUCGGCUGACAAGCAAAAAUGAAUGGCCUUUUUGCUCUCUUCUAUGUCUCUAUUCCCAGGUCUCACCCCAUCGUCGGUCUUUCCCCAUUGUCGGAAAAUGAACCACAGGUCAUAAAUGGGUAUGUAUGGAAGUUGAAGUUUUGGCAGGCAGCAGGAGAACAGCAGCAGGUUCAACUUCCAGUUCUUUUGUUGCUUAAGGUUGGAGCACUUGAUGAUUACAAUAUCACAGAGAACAAUAGGAUUAAAGAAGAUAAAAGGAAAUUAAAAAAAUUGAUUUCAUAUACUCCUUUUGGUAAUUUUAUCAUUUUAUUACUGAAAGCUGAUGUUUCAAAAGGUGGA